AUGACGGAUACCCCGGAGCGAAUUCAGACGUCCGAGGGAAAGAGUCGUCUCAUUAAACACUUUGAGAAAAGUUCAAUCAACAACCACAACGAAGCAUGGACAAACCUAUGGGAAACCAACAAUGACGACAUGUGGGAUAGAGGCAAACCCUCACCAGCCCUAAUCAAUCUCAUCGAGCAAAGACCCGAUAUUCUAAGCCCGAUCACAGCUGACGGUCGGCGAAAGAAAGUCCUCAUACCUGGAUGCGGAAAAGGCUACGACGUAGUCAUGCUCGCCCUCCACGGCUUCAACGCAACCGGCCUCGAAAUCUCAGCCAAAGGCGUCGCCACCGCAGAGCGCUACGCCCGUGAAGAAUUCCCCUCCCCGCAGAGCUACAACUUCGGCUCCAGCACUAGCAGGCCCGAGAAAGGCUCAGUAUCAUUUAUCCAAGGUGAUUUCUUCGCGGACUCCGGUGAAAAAUUCGACGUGAUUUAUGACUACACUUUUCUCUGCGCGCUGCACCCAAGUAUGCGCGCGCGGUGGGCGGGCCGUAUGGCCGAUCUACUUGUUUCGGGCGGUAUGCUCGUCUGCUUGGAAUUUCCUCUCUUUAAAGAUCCCAGGUUGACGGGGCCGCCGUGGCCUUUGCAGGGUGUUUAUUGGGAUUUGCUUGCGGAGGGUGGUGAUGGGAUUGUUUAUCCUCCGAAAGCAGGAGUUGAAGAUCAGCGGGAUCCAAGGACGGGGCAAUUUGACAGAAUGUUGUAUGUUAAGCCUGAGAUUUCGUAUGAGAGUGGGAAGGGGUCGGAUAUGUUGAGUGUUUAUGUUAGGAAAUAG